AUGCACAAAAAUAACGACCUCCAAAAGCAAACUUACCCUCCUUUGAGCUUUUCAAUCGUUGAGUUUUGCAAUCCUCCUACUAUAGCAAGUAGCACGCCUUCGUUCCAAAGCGACGUUGGUGUCUUUGAACCUAUUCCCCUUGGGGCACCUCAUGGUUCGAGACAACAAGCUGCGGAUUCCUCCGCGAUUUUGAAAGAAGCACUUAAAGUGCUUCUUUCUCAAGACUGCGAUCAUCACCAUAGGGCAUCGGGCAGCAGUUCAAUGAAUCCGAGUCCACUUGCCGUCUCCUUGGCAGCUGAUACUAGGUUCAAGAAUGAAUACAACACAAUCCAUCCAAGGACAUCCUCUUCAUGCUGCGACAUCCCAUCGCAAGUAGAGGAUGAGUCCAGUAUGUAUACCAGGGACCGCUUUCAAGCUCGCCAGACGGACCAGUGGGAGUCGCAAUUUCAACUUUUGCAAGAGUUCAAACGAAAGCAUGGCCACUGCCGGAUUCCUCAUACCUACAUAGAGAAUCAAUCACUGGCACGAUGGGUCAAACGGCAACGACACCAAUACAGGCAAAAGCUAACCGGAAAGAAUACGACCAUGACUACUCGUCGUAUCAGAGCUCUUGAAGGGCUUGGCUUCGUUUGGGAUUCUCAUUCUGCCUCCUGGGAGCAAAGGAUGAGCGAUUUGAUGGAAUUUCGGGACAAAUAUGGUCACUGUCAGGUUCCUACUCACUACCAAGAAAACAGAAAGCUAGCGACAUGGGUCAAGUGCCAGCGCCGGCAAUACAAACUUCUGAAGGCAGGCUCUAGAACAAGUACUUUGACUAAAGAUCGACUGGAGUCAUUGAACAACGUUGGCUUUGAGUGGCGAGCAAAGAUUGGGAACACAACUGUCACUAAUAAAAUCUAA